UUUGCACAGUUGUUGCCUGUUGGGUUCCCUCUGACAGUCUCACCCUCCUCUCCUCUUCUAUAUUGUAUUCUUUAGACUCUGUUUUUGCGAAAUCCGCUCAAUUUCUUUCUUUGCAAAAACCCUAGUGUCUGCAAGGUUUAUCAAAAAAGUUCUGGACCCCUAGUUCUUCAAAAAAGGAAUAAUGCCUCCUCGAGCAGCGAAUAAGAGGGGUGAUGCAUCGGCGAAGAAGGGUUCAAGGGGAAAGAAGGCGGCUGCAACAUCACCACCGGAGGUAGUUCCGUCUAUUGUAUCUGAGGAGAGAAAAACUUCCGAGUCGGAGGUUCAAGAGAAGUUAUUGGUGCCGAAGGUUGAGAGAAUAGAGGAGGUGUUGUCCACCGCUGAUGAGGACAAGGUUGUUGCUACGAACGAGGCAUCGUUGACCGCGGUGGUGGCAGAGGAGGAUUCGAAGGUGAUAGAAGAAGUUGUCGUGGAGAAGAGUUCGGAAAUUCUGUCUGAGGACCUUAGCGUUUUGAAUGGGUCGGAUGUCGAGGAAGAGGGAGAUGGCAUGCAGGAUAAGGAAGAGGCAGGAGAAAGAAAUGACGGGGACAAGGAGAAUGGAGCUGUUCGGAUGGAUCCUGACCAAGACACUCGAAAAGAAAGUGAUGCAGGUGUCAAACAGAAAGUAGUUGAAGAGACUGUAGCUGCUGAAGUUGAAGAAACCAAGGGAGGUGGGGAAGUUGAAGAUAGCGAAGGAGAUGCAGAAGUUGAUGAUACCAAAGGAGGUGGAGCAGUUGAAAAUAACAAAAGAGGUGGAGAUGAAGCUACCAAUGCUGAUGUCAAUGGAACUGUUUAUAAGGAUGAGGAGGAGGCUGAUGAGAGUGGAAGUGAUGGGGAAGAUAAUGAAGAUGAAGAAGACCCUUCUGUAUAUAUGGAAGCUCCUCUCACAGAGAGAAAAAAAGAAAAGGAGUUUGAAAUAUUUGUUGGGGGACUGGACAAGGAGGCAGUUGAAAAGGAUUUGAUUGAAAUCUUUGGGGAGUUUGGGGAAAUUCAGUCUGCAAGGAUAGUAAAGCAUCCAACCACACAGAAAAGCAAAGGUUUUGCAUUUAUUCGUUAUGCUACACUUGAGCAAGCCAAGAAGGUCCUCUUUGAAUUGAAGGAUGGGAUUGAGGUGAGGGGCAAGCGUGUUGGUAUAUCUCCGAGUCAGGACAAUGAUACGCUAUAUCUGGGCAACAUUUGCAAAACUUGGACAAAAGACAAAGUACUCGAGACUCUGAAAAGCUUUGGGAUUGAGCAAAUUGAGGAGAUCUAUUUACCUGAUGAUCCCAAGACUGAAGGAAAAAGCAGAGGUUAUGCACUUCUGGAAUUUAGUACCCACUCUGAUGCCAUGUCAGCUUUUCAACAGCUAAGGAAGCCAGAUGCUGUCUUUGGCUGUGAUAGAAGUGCUAAAGUUGCUUUUGCACAGUCUUCAAUUCAUCCCAGUGAGGAAGCUCUUUCACAGGUUAAGACCGUAUUCAUUGAAGGUCUGACUGAUACUUGGGAUGAAUUGAAAGUGAAGGAGCUCUGCAAACAGUAUGGUGAUAUAGAAAAAGUUCAAUUAUCUCGGAAUCUUGUCAAAAAAAGGAAGGACUUUUGUUUUGUUGCAUUCACUUCUCGAGAAAGCGCAGUAGCUUGUGUGGAGGGUAUCAAUAAUGCCCAGAUUGGUGAGGGUGAUGUCAAGGUCAAAGCAAACUUAGCAAAGCCUCAGAAUAAGGGACGGCUUGCAAAGCAGGGGGCUCGAGGUAGUUUCAAGGUUAAGGAGGAUGAAAAGACUAAAGAAACUCGCCCACCAAAGACGAAAGGUACUACAAAGUCCAAGGCGGAUGGAGGAAAGGGGAAGAAGACUCUGCCCAAGUCUAAAAAUGUUAAAGGAGGCAAAUCAAAACCUCAAGGCAAUCUCGCUGGGAGUCAAGGUGGUCGGGCAGCAUCCAGCUCAGAAAGAACAAAUCAGUCAAGAAACAAACAACCUCAUAAGGGUGAGAAACGUGGUAGGAGAGACAUGGACACUGGUCACAAUGGCCAGUCAUCAAAGAAAGCACGUGGCAUUGUGCAUGGUAGAACACCAUCCAAUAGUUCUGGGAGCCGAAGGAACAAGUCUCGCACUGGGAAGCCAAGGCCAAACUACAGUGCAGCUUCUACUGCCUAUGUGAAUCCUUAUGCACAGGAGUAUGCUGCAUCUUCAUCUAGGUAUCAGGGGCAUACAUAUGGUGCAACUUCUGGAUCUAAGCGUCAGCGUUCUGAUAUGGAACCUCAUGCUGGAUACCUUGGACCUGCCCGCAAACAAAGCCGGGAUCCUUAUGGUUUUGAGCCAAGAAGACCUGUUGGAUAUGAUCUUCAAGGGAGCAGAGGUGCUGCUUUUGGUGGAGUUGCCACAAGAUCUGUAAUCCCACCUUCUUAUGGUCGUGAUUAUUCAAGCUAUGCUGGAUAUGAGGGCAGUGGUGUUGGUGGCGGUUAUGUGUACCCUAGCAGUGCUGUGUAUCCACCUCGGCGAGCUUACUACUGAAAGAGCAAAGAUCUACCAGUGAUGUAGUGUUACUGUAACUCUGCAUUGUCUUCUAGAGGAUCUGUUCAAGGUGUUGGGUAUUAUGCCUUUGAAGGAAAAGAGAGUUAGUUGAUGGCUCAUGCCAAUUUUCUUAAUAUAUUCUCGGAAGAUCAACUUUGUUCUUCUUUCUUGGUUCUAUUAUAGGAAAUUGGUAGGUGUACAGUGUUUUUAAUUGCAGGGGUGAAAAUUGCUGCAGCAAAAAAAUUCCUGUAAUGGUUAAAUCUUGAUUAUUUUUAAAAUUUUAGGAAAAUUUAUGAUUACUCGAAACGGGUUUCAAUUUAUGGAAUUGCCCACCCAAUGUUUUGUUU